UAAUUUAUUCGGUAUAUAAUAGUUUAGGAUUUGAAACAGAGUUUGGAAUGUGCUAGAACUUGUCUAAUAUUAAAAGUGAUUCUGUUUUAUCAGAAAGAAAUUAAUUUAAGAGCCCAAUAAAAAUAUUAAGUGUAAUUAAUUAUAUACAGAAAAAUGUCAGAAGGGAAGAUAUUAUUGCAUUGUUACAAUCGAGGCUGUGGAAAACAGUUUGAUCCGAAUGAUAACAAAGAAGGUGAUUGUGUCCAUCAUCCUGGUCAACCAGUUUUUCAUGAUGCUUACAAAGGAUGGUCUUGUUGUAAUAAAAAGUGUACAGACUUCACAGAAUUUUUAAAUAUUAAAGGUUGCACAAAAUCAUACCAUACGAAUGAAAAGCCUGUAGAACCAGAAAAACCUGUCAUUGAUAAAUCUAAAGCAAAUGAAGUUAUUCAAGUAGGUGCAAAACUUAAUAGCAAUGAGUCAACAUUAAAACGACCAUCCUUUCAAUCUCCUCAAACUACAUUAAAACCAAACGUGUCAUCUGCAUUAUUGGAACAAAUUAAAGACCUGACAGAAUUGAUAGAAGAAAAUGUAAAUGAACAUAAAAUUGCCAUUGGUCAAAGUUGCAAAAAUAAUUCUUGUAAAGCUACGUAUGAAGGACCUUCAUCCGACGAAAAGGAAUGUUCUUACCAUCCUGGAGUUCCUAUAUUUCACGAAGGGAUGAAAUAUUGGUCUUGCUGUCAAAAGAAGACUAUAGAUUUUUCAAUAUUUUUAGAACAACCAGGAUGUACACAAGGAAAACAUAUUUGGGUAUCAAAGAAUACCCAUAAAAAAGUUCAAUGCAGAAUGGAUUGGCAUCAAACACCGACGUUUAUAGUUGUUUCAGUUUUUGCCAAGAAAUAUCAACCUAGUCAGUCAAGCGUGAAAUUGAAUCCUAUACAUUUAAGUGUGGAUUUAUUCUUUGUAGAAGAAAAUUCAAGAUAUAAUCUUGACAUAGAAUUAAAAGGAAUAAUUGACGUUGCUCAAAGUAGUGUUACUAUGCUGCCUACCAAAGUAGAAAUUAAAUUAAAAAAAGCAGAACCUGGUUCUUGGUCUCGCUUAGAUAUUCCUAGAGUACCUGGUAGUCAAGAAAAUGAGAGCAUUCAAAAUGAGGAACAAAUUAGUUCCCAAAUUGAUGCAGUUGAUCUAAGUGAUUUAUAAUUGAAUGGAUUCUUGUUUAAUUUUAAGAUUCUAAAGAAUUAUUGAAAAUAAUCAUAUUUUAUUACUAAACGUAUCUUCAAGAAUAUACGUUACUGUACAGGCAGAUAGAACAUAUUUAAUAUAUUGAAAAAAUAUUUGACAUGUUUUCAAUGACAAGAAUUAAGAAACUUUUACAAAUUCGUGGCUUCAGUACUUCAUGUUCUUUUUAUUUUUAACGAAAUGAUUUAUUUUUCACGUUCUGAUACAUGCAAUAAAAAAAAAAAAAAAAAACAAAACAAAAAAACAAAAGAAAACGAAAAAACUCUCUCUCUUUAACUUUAGUUUUUUAUUCCUAUAUUCCUCGAAAUAUCUAAUAUACAACGCACGCUUAAAACAAAGAUGACGAAAGUAAAAUUGUAAAAAUAGAACGAUUCAAGAACAGAAAAUUCAAAACAAAAUAAAAAUUCCAAUCAAUAACAAAACCUAAGGAUAUAUAUAUAUACUUUUACAUAUAUAAUAUAUAUAUAUAUAUAUAUAUUAUCUAUCUAUAUAUAAAAUAUAUUAAAAUAUAUAUAAUUAACUUUGGUACAAGACUUGCCGCUUUUUUAUACCCAUUGUUUACAAUCUAUAUGUAACAACCAAUAGAGUAGAGAAUAGAAUAGAACAUUACAUAUAUAUAUAUAUAUGUCAUAAACUAUGGAAAUGAUUCGGAUGAAUCGUACAUUGUAUGACGUCAGUGGUGUCCAACAAUCUGCAAGAAAGCCACGAUCCAUGAGAGAGCGCGUGCGCUUUUAAAAGCUUCUGACACACGCGCACACACACACACACACAACUCAAAACACAUACACAUACAUCCAUACAAACAGAGAAAUCUCACAAAGAAUUUAUAUAUAUAUAUAUAUAUAUAUAUAUAUAUGUAUAUGUAUAUGUAAUUUACGGGGGUGUCGAAGUUCUCUUCCAGUUUCACAGUAGGAAUUCUGUGAAAACUUCGCCACCCCCUUUUAACGACGUUGCUGGAGUUCCGUUGCAGCCAGACGCAAUGCGAACGUGGCAGAAGGUUUCCUCGAGGGAGUUACGUCGUCGACGAACCUGGAAAAGUGUUACAUAGCGAAUUCAUUAACGAACACUCGACAACUAUGUCGUGGUACUCGGUGAACGUAUCGUGAUAGUAACUAACAUCGGUGAGAGACGAUUUUUUCGUAGAAGUUACGUUAUUAAGAAGAAGAAGAAAAAAAAAAAAAGAAAAAAAAAUUGAAAUAAAUAAAGAAAAAAAAAGAAACCAAAGAAAAGAAGAAAAGAAGGAAUUCCUUUUCAUACGAUUAUUCUGUAUAAUAAGGAAAUUGUGGAUUGUUUACGAACAAGUCAUCCGUAUGUUUCCAUAUGAUCGAUCACCGAUCAUCUCGUGAAUUGGGUCGGCCCUUAAACUGGAAGAAAUCUAAAUGCGUGCGAGGCUCGAAAGUGAUUAAAAAAAAUUUUUUCAUCGUACCCGUAGGUGUAUCGUUCGACUGCGUACGAGGAAAUUUUAUAUGCCGUGGGCAACGUCGACGUAUAUGAUGAAAUUACAGUUGCUCGUAAUCGAAACGGAUUACUGCUGGAGGAAAGCUUUGCUCAG